AUGGCCAAGUGGCUGCCUCUUUACAUGUCAUUUCUAUGCUGGUGCUUAGCCAGUCCUGCUACUUGCUCGCAAAAUGUGACUGAUCAGCUUGCGUUGUUAUCUUUCAAACAAGCUAUAGAACAAGACCCUUAUCAAAUCUUGAGUUUUUGGAAUGAAUCCGAGCACUACUGCCUCUGGCCUGGUAUUUCUUGCAGUUCCCGAUAUCCUGGCAGGGUUUCUGCCUUGCGUCUCAGUUCGCAAGGCUUAGUAGGAACGCUGUCGCCUCAUAUUGGUAAUCUCUCCUUUCUUAGAGUUAUUGACUUGCAAGACAAUAGCUUCUAUGGCCAAAUCCCGCCAGAGAUUGGUCGUCUUCAACACCUGGCGGUUUUAGCACUCACCACGAAUUUCUUUGUUGGGGAUAUACCAACAAACUUGUCUAAUUGCUCCAAGCUUGAGCUUCUUUAUCUUCCCAACAACAAGCUCACCGGAAAAAUACCUGCUGAAUUUGGCUCUUUGUCGAAACUUUUAGUUCUAAGCUUGGAAGCAAAUAAACUGUCAGGUACUAUUCCUCCUUCCGUUGGUAAUAUCUCAUCUCUUGAAGAAUUAUUUCUGCUAGCAAAUCACUUGCAAGGACAGCUUCCAGACGAACUCUCCAGACUUCACAAGCUAUUUAAAUUUCAGAUUUCUGACAACAAUCUGACUGGUGAGAUUCCUCGUCAUCUUUAUAACAUCUCCAGCAUGGAAACAUUUGAGAUAUAUUCUAACCAGUUCAGGGGGACAAUCCCCUCCGAUAUAGGCCUCACUCUUCCCAGGUUGUCUAACUUUGCAGUUGCAUUUAACAGGUUUACUGGGUCAAUCCCUGUUACAUUAACAAAUGCUUCUGUUCUUCGAAAUUUUGCAUUUAACUCAAAUCAGUUUACUGGUUCAAUUCCAAAAGAUUUUGGAAAGAUGCCACUUCUUCGAUAUGUUAUAUUUUCGCAUAAUCUGCUACAAGGUGACAUAAGUUUCAUUGAUUCUCUAACUAAUUGCUCUAGUUUAGAGCAAAUAAGUAUUGCAGGAAAUUUCCUCAACGGACCCAUUCCAAAAUCCAUAGGCAAUCUCUCUACACGCAUGAUUUAUCUAGCUCUGGAAGAAAAUAAUUUACAAAAUUCCAUUCCCCUGGGUCUUGGAAAUCUUGUUAACUUGAGAUUCUUGUAUCUUAGCUCGAAUUUUCUCUCUGGUUCAAUUCCUAUUAGUUUUGGGAAUUUUCAAAAGUUGCAACUUUUAAAUUUGCAUAAUAACAACUUGACAGGGAUAAUUCCAUCUACAUUAGGUAAUUUACAUCUCCUGACUUAUCUUAACCUGAGUUCCAACAAUCUACAUGGAAUAAUACCUUCAAGUCUUGGAAAAUGCAGUAGCUUGAUUGAGUUAGAUCUCUCUAACAAUAAUCUUAAUGGCUCCAUACCCCCUCAAGUUCUCAGCCUUCCUUCACUUUCAAUAGCACUGCGUUUAUCAGGCAAUAAAUUUGUUGGUUCUAUUCCAUCAGAAGUGGGUUUGCUUCAAGGUCUAUCGCAGCUGGACUUAUCCGACAAUCGGUUAUCUGGCAAAAUUCCAAGCAGUAUUGGCAAGUGUUUGAAAAUAGAACUACUUUACCUAAAGGGUAAUUCAUUUGAUGGAGAUAUCCCUCAGGCUUUGACCGCUUUGCGUGGUCUUAGAGAGCUGGAUAUUUCACGUAACAACUUUUCCGGGAAAAUACCAGAUUCUUUGGUUACACAACUUAAUGGGUUGUACCUUUUGAAUCUGUCUUACAACACGUUGGAAGGAGAAGUUCCAAAACAUGGAAUCUUCUUGAAUGCAAGUGCAGUUUCAUUGUCAGGAAACAGUCAUCUCUGUGGAGGCACUGCAGAAUUGAAGCUUCCUUCUUGUGUCUUCCCCAAAUCAAAGAAGAAUAAGCUCUCUUCUGCACUGAAAGUGUCAAUCUCCGUGGUCAGUGCUGCAGAGAAGAAUGUCUAG